UUAAAUCUGUUAGAAACAUUUAACAUUUAAAUUGAAAUCGUAACAUUACAUACAUAAAAAUACCUUAAUAUGUUACGUAAUUUUCAUACUAUUAGAAAAGUCAUUUUGCUCGAUUCCCCUACUCAGUGGUUGAGUAUGCGUCACUCUGGGAAAUGACGAAACAUCUACCGGCUUUUUUCCAUACAGAGAAAAAACACGAAACGUGUGUCAUAUAAUGGCCAUAUGGCUGUUUUAACCAUAGUUUGGCUUCAUUGAGUCGGUUUAAACUACGGUUCGUGGGACAGUCAGCCGAAGAGUAACAUGUAUCCGGCCCGGCGUUGUUCUUCGCUGCUUCACCGGGAAUUGACCGCUCUCUGUCUGUCAUCACUGGGGACACAUCCGAACAAAUCCGGUUCACCAAAGAAAAGCAGUCUUCAGACUUCACGACACUGCCACUCCAACUGUGUUCACCAUCCUCCUCCGCCGAGUUCAAACUCAAAACCUGUUCUGCUCGGUUCUGUAAAAGUUUGUCAAAUGGGCAGUAGCAGCAGUAGUAGACUCUUCAGUACUCUGGCGCAGACUCUGAGCAGCGCUCCACUGGCAGACCCACUUGUUGAUCCUGAAGAUUAUGAGUAUGAGCAGGCCGACCCGGACGAACUCUUGCGUGAAUGCAAGGAGGUUUUGAGAAAUCGCCCGCCUCGAUUGCACCGAGACUUUUUCAGGACCAGAGCCAGCUCGUUACAGAACUCACCCAUCCGCAUCAUGCAGUGGAACAUCUUAGCACAAGCUCUUGGUGAGGGUAAGGAUGGUUUUGUGCGUUGUCCAAUGGAAGCAUUAAACUGGUCAGAAAGGAAGUAUCUUAUACUGGAAGAGAUCCUUACCUACAGGCCAGAUGUGCUGUGCCUGCAGGAGGUGGACCACUACUUUGACACCUUCCAGCCUGUGUUGGCCAGCAUGGGCUACCAGAGCAGCUUCUGCCCUAAGCCUUGCUCCCCCUGCCUGGACGUUCACAACAACAACGGCCCCGACGGCUGCGCUCUGUUCUUCAGCCACCGUCGCUUCCAGCUUCUUCACACCACACACCUCAGACUCUCCGCCAUGAUGCUCAAGACCAACCAGGUGGCCAUCGUGGCGACUCUUCGCUGCAGGCGCACAGACCAAGUCUUCUGCGUGGCAGUGACUCAUCUGAAGGCCCGGAGUGGCUGGGAGGCAUUUCGUAGUGCACAGGGAUCUCAUCUCCUCCAGCAACUCUGCAACAUCACCUCUCAGUCUUACCCAGAGAUGGAACAGGAGGAGGAUAGUCGAACUAGGGUUGGGGAAACCGAAGAGGGUAUUCCAUUGGUGGUAUGUGGGGACUUUAAUGCAGAGCCAAGCGAGGAAGUCUAUAGGCGCUUUAUGACGUCUCCUCUGGGGCUGGACAGUGCUUACAAAUGUCUGAGUGAAGAUGGGACCACAGAGCCACCUUACACCAGUUGGAAGAUCCGGCCCAGUGGAGAGAGCUGCUCCACGUUGGACUACAUUUGGUACUCAGAAAGGGCGUUCCAUGUGGACGCUGUGCUUGGGAUACCCAGUGAAGAGCAGAUUGGGCCGGACCGGCUUCCUUCUUACCAUUACCCCUCUGACCAUCUUUCCCUGGUGUGUGACCUUAGCUUCAAUCAGCAGCCUCAUAGGCUCAUGUAGCUGUCAAUCAUGAGUGCUCUCCAAUAGGGUUCCAGAGCAGUUUUGGUCAUUCCUAAAACGUUUGUGUGUAGGCUAUGUCUGAAUGUGAGAAUGCAUUACAUUUGUAUUAUUGCUCGGAAUGUAACUUAACAUAAACCUUAUUUUUACCUGCUCAAACAGGUCUUAAUGCACCUCUGAUGGACUGAUGAUUAUUAUUUUCCUUGAUGGAGAUUAUUUAUGCUCUUAUUUUUUGUUAUACAGAGGUUGUGCAAUAUUCUGUAAUUUAUUAAGUGCUUAAUAUGACAUCUCAGGAAGACGCACAUUCUUAAUUAAAUGGAUCCAGAAGUGGAAAGAUGUUUAUAUUUAUAUUGACUGUACUUUUUUUUUUUUCUUCAAAAACAAAAAUGUAAUCAUCAAUAUGUUUGCCAAUGACCAAUAAUAUAAAAAUGUCUGAAUAUUUUGAAA